AUGUCAGUAGAUCUGUUACAUUCAGAUUCAUAUAAUUUUAGUUACUUUCAACAAGACGACGUCUGCAGACUUUGCUGGAGUAGGAACGCCUUUACAAAAGUUAUAGGAAUAUCUCCGAAUAUGUCCCCUGCAAAUGAGGAUUAUUUUCAAAAAAUAACAGAAUGUUUGGAUAUAGAUUUAACAAAAUACGAUCAUCCUAACAAAGCUUGCGAUAGUUGUUUAGAUCAAAUUAACAAAUUUCAUGACUUUAGAAAAUUUUGCCAAGAAACAGAUAGGAGGUUGAGGGAAAUUUUCGAGAAUCAAAUCGAUAUAAUCGAAAAUGUUAAAAAAGUCGGAAUACAAAGCACUAUAACAGAUAUCUUUGAUUGUUUACAGUCUGACAGUGAUAAUGAAAAAAAAGAAGUUAAAAAAUCUUGGCGCUACAAGCCGAAGCGAACGCCUACAUAUUGCAAUAUCUGUAGAAUAGAUUUUAAAACUUUAGAAAAAUUCAGUGAACACAGUUCUCAAGAGCAUGGCAUCGAAAGUGGGCUAUACAAAUGUUUUGGUUGUGAAAAGCGGUUCAAAAACCGAAAAACAAGACUUGGUCAUGAGCUGAAAAUAUGUAAAAAUCUUAAAAAUGGGUAUAGAUGUGGCAUUUGUAACCGAUAUCUCCCAAGAAGAGGCUUGUACGAGACACAUAUGAGAGACCACAGAGGGAAUGUGCCGAUAAAACUUCCAAAUGAUCUAUUCAAGUGCAGAAAGUGUGACAAAGUAUUUGAUACAAACGACAAUCUAUCCAGGCAUGUGUCCGAACAUGAUUUGAACGAGAACAAUUAUAUAUGUGAGGUAAGUAAUAUUCAUUUUAAUACAUAA